UCCGAAUCGGCAGCAGAAGCAGGAGCAGCAUGCCAGACGCGACGGCCUACUCCACCCUUGGCCUGCGCGUGGUCGUCGGCGUUCUCGUCGGCUUUGCCGCAGCCCGGCGCGGUCUCAAGAAGAAGUCGCUCGAUCGCUCCGGCGCCAUCGCUGCCUUCCUCGUCGGCGCCAUCUCCAUGGCCUGCGGCUACCGCUUUGGCAUCCUCCUCCUUGGUUUCUACUUUUCGGGCUCCAAGCUCACGACGUUCCAAGAGGCACAGAAGGCCACCUUGGACGCCUCUGUCAAGGAAGGGGGACAGCGCAGCGCGCGCCAAGUCCUUGCCUGCAGCCUCCUCGCGUGCAUCGUCUGCAUCGUCUACGCCAUCCUCUACCUCGACGACGCCCCGCUGAAUGCGUCGGCACGACCGACUGCUACGUUCCUCUGGGGCUGCUACAUUGGGCACUAUGCGUGCUGCGCCGCAGAUACGUGGGCGUCGGAGCUUGGUGUGCUUGCACCAGGCGCGCCAAUCCUCAUCACCAACUGGUGCAAGCGUGUGCCUCCGGGCACGAACGGCGGCGUCUCGUUCGUAGGCACUCUCGCGUCAGCGGCCGGUGGCGCGUUUAUCGGGCUCCUCUUCUACGUCUACGGCGCUAUCUUCUUGGCAUCGUCCAGCGUGCCCCAAUGGCCGGCGAUUCCGUUUGGUCUUUGCAUGGGCGUGCUCGGAUCUGUCUUGGACUCGGUGCUUGGCGCGACGGUCCAGAUCACGUGGUACGACGAGUCGGCGCAAAAGAUCGUGUCAGCACCAGCAACGCACGAGCCUUUCGCCUAUCGGCACGUGUGCGGCUACGAUGUCCUCUCGAACGAGCAGGUGAACCUCGUCUCGGUCGCACUUACGACGCUUGGCAGUGGGUAUCUUGCCCAGUACUUCUUUUAAGGUCAUAAUAAAGAACCGACUGCUGCAGAGCUGGAUGUAGUAGCUCGUUCAAGUCCA